AAAGAUGGACACCCGGCUUUGAGCGGGUCGAAAAUCGGGGACCCGAUUCAUUUCUUAAAAAGCUCCGGCAACAUCCCCCGCCGAGCGGCGGGGCGCGCGCGCGCGCGCGAGAGGGAGAGAGAGAUGGCGAGCAAGACCAGUCUGCCUCUGCGACUCACCUUCCUCCUCUCGCUCUCUCUCUCCGCCUCGUACUCCGCCUGCUCCCACCCCUCCUUCCUCUCUCUUCGAUCCUCUUCGUCGCCUCCGCCGUCUCCUCCGAUCCCCAAGGCCACUCCCUCCGACCUGCUCUCCCUCCUUGGCCCCCCCGCCGCCGCCGCCGCCGCCGCCCGCUCCCCCUCCGCCUCCUCGGUCAACCCCGUCGUCGCCGACAGGCUCCGGUCCUGCUUCAAGUUCCUGGUCCCUUUCUCUCCGACGACGACGGCGAUGGCGACCGCCUCGAAACGCCUCUCCGUCAGCCGGAAGCUGAUCGCUGGCGACGGGAUUGGAGGUCGGAGGGCGGUCGAAUCCGAGAGGCGGAGAGACGAGGACCGGCUCGUCUGGUGGCCUCCCGAGCCGGUGCUCGAGCUGGCUCGGCUCGCCGUCGACUCCGGCGGCGACGUCGGAGCUAUCCAUCGCGCCCUCGAUCCCACGCCCAUUCCGGUUCCUGAUGUGGAAGGAUCGAAAGAGAACAAAUGCGAGCUCACGAGAACGCCUUAUGGAAGGCGCUUCAUUAGCGAGGAGCUAAAUGCAUACCUUAAGUUUUUAUUUGAGCUCAUCGAAUCCCGUGGUUCCGCUGUUGGGUUGGAUGUGACAUUGAGCCGCUAUGAUUUCUUCCACGGUCACCUUUUUCUCGCCAACGACACUGGGAGGCUUGGUAUAUUGUUUCAUGCUAAAGAGUACCCCUCCUAUGACAAGGAAGCAUUUCCGUACUAUAUGGGUUAUUGCCAAACAGGUUCAAACGUAAUUUAUGAUGAUUCGAUGAACUUGCGGAACAUUCUUUGGCUUGCCCCGUUACCAAGCAGUUCCACCAAUGAUUGGGUGUCACCAGGAGUCCUUGUGGUGCUGGAUGCUCGCCCAGAUGGAAUUAUAUACCAGGAUCUUAUCCCUGAAUAUGUACAGUUUGCUAGGACUAUAUACGAAGAUGAUUUAGGGGCUGUUGCAGUUGAUGUCAACUAUCUGAAUGUAGGAGGUUUGAAGCCAGACUAUCAAAUUUUCAUCUGCUAGCAAUCUUCCCACGGCAGCCCCCAUUUGGGCAUCCUGCAUGGUCGGAACAGAGAUCCCAUUCGAAAUUUGCACUGCGUGGGGGUGAACAAAUUGUGUGCGCAUCAAGUUGAUUGAACUCAUAUAUUGACCCAAAUCUCAAUGAGGUUGGAUCUGUCGUUCUAUUUUGCACUAAGAAACCUUCUUCCCAUGAAGUGCUGCCUUGCAAGAGUUAUUGCAGAGGGAACUGAAGAACUGAACUGUGGCGUGCCCGUGCCAAACCAGAAGAUUCUAGUUGAUCUGAAUUUAGGCCAUAGUUGUGUUGAAAUUGAUUUGGUAUGAUUCUUUUGGAAUUCAGGUCAUACUGGACAAUUUUGUGCGUCUCAAGAAAAACAUCGAGCCGAUUUGAGCCGGUCUGGUUUUUGGUUCCAUUCAACGCUGUGAUCUAUUGGGCUUGGAGUUGGAUCGGUCCUCGAUGUUGCUUAAUAGUACCGGUAUGUUCAUUAUAAAGAAACGAGAAAGGAUAGAUUGAAAAAGAACGAACUAGAAAUUUCAAUCUUUAUGGUCCGUUUUUUU